UUUCGAGCAUUGUGAUUGGGUCACACUCUCUCUGUCCCUCUUUUUGAAAGUGCUUAUUAAGGGAGAGAGAGAGGAGAGAAGUGAAGGGGGGCUAUUACAGACAAUCCCUGCUGAAGAUGAGGGUUGGAAGCAACAACAAGAGAGAGAGACUUUGAUAGAUAGAGAAUUAGAGAGAGAGAGAGAGAGAGAGAGAGAGAGAGAGAAAACCAAAGAAAAACAAAGCUGCUAUUGCUUAUGUGUGUGUGUGUGAGAUAGAUAGAGAGAGAGAGAGAGGAAGUAAAAAAAAAAAGGAAAUAAAUAAAGCUGAAAGCUCAAAAGCAAGCUAAAAAGAAAGAAAGCUGAGGAAACCGAAAGGGUAGAAAGAAAAGGAGAAUUAGCUUUUGUUUUUUCAUUAUUUUCUUUCUUUCUCCCUCUUCUUCUAUCUUCUUUUUCUUCUGCUUCUUCUCUCUAUCAUCAUCAUCGUCAUCAUCAAUUGCCAUAGAGUGAAGAACAACAAGUACAGUCACCAUGUUAGCGAAUAACUCUUCAGUAGCUCCAAGUUCAGAACCAUUUUCUUGUGCUGAUAAUAGUAAUGGCACUCCAAGCAAUAAAAGGAAGAGAAGACCCGCAGGAACACCAGAUCCAGAUGCAGAGGUGGUGUCGCUGUCGCCAAAGACGUUAUUGGAAUCGGAUCGAUAUGUGUGUGAGAUCUGCAACCAAGGCUUCCAAAGGGACCAGAACCUGCAGAUGCAUCGGAGGAGGCACAAGGUGCCGUGGAAGCUUCUAAAGAGGGAGACGCCGGUGGUCAGGAAGAGGGUCUUCGUGUGUCCGGAGCCUACUUGCCUGCACCACGACCCUUGUCACGCACUCGGAGACCUUGUUGGGAUCAAGAAGCACUUCCGCCGCAAGCACAGCAACCACAAACAGUGGGUCUGCGAGCGCUGCUCCAAGGGCUACGCGGUGCAGUCCGAUUACAAGGCUCACCUCAAGACCUGCGGCACUCGCGGCCACUCUUGUGACUGCGGCCGCGUCUUCUCCAGGGUGGAGAGCUUUAUUGAGCAUCAAGAUGCUUGCAACAUGGGGAGGCUUAGGACGGAAUCUCAUCAUAAUCAUAAUCAUAAUCAUCAACCACCACCAACUCCAACUGCAUGUUUAUCAAGAACAGCUUCAAGUCCAAGCCCUUCAAGAAGUGAAACCAAUUUCAGCACUGCUCCAUGGCAACCAACAUCAUCAACAACAACAACAACAACAACAACAACACCAACAAGCCUUGUUGUGAUCACAAAACCAAUAACAACAACCACAGAACCACCUUUCUUCAACAACACUAACCCUACCCCAAUUCUAGCCACUGCUGAAACAUUCCUAUUCAAGAAGAGUAACACCAGCAACAAACUCCAUCACCCAAACUUGGAUCUUCAGCUCUCCACCACCACCACCACCACCACCAUGAUGAUGAACAACAACAAUUCGAUCCCCAAUGUUGAUUUAACACUAUCACCAAAGAGUGAUAAUAAUCAUCAUCAGCAGCUUCAAAACCAGCAGCAUUCAACACAGCUGCAACUCUCCAUUGGUGGAACAACCUCGUCAGACAUUAGCGAGAACAAUAACAAGAACGAUUCAUCAAACAGGAACUCGUCACCGAAAGAGAGCAUCAACAGCAGCAACGAGAACAAGCAUGCGACAGCAACAAGCAUGGCUUUACGGGUUCAAGAACAAGCGAGGGAGCAACUAAGGUUAGCCAUGGCGGAGAAAGCGUACGCAGAAGAAGCAAGGAAACAAGCAAAGAGGCAGAUAGAAAUGGCGGAACAAGAGUUCAACAAUGCAAAGAGGAUAAGGCAACAAGCGCAAGCUGAACUCGACAAAGCUUGCGCUCUCAAGGAACAUGCAAUGAAGAAGAUAAACUCAACCAUCAUGCAAAUUACGUGCCAUUCUUGCAAGCAACACUUUCAUCUUCAACCACCACCAGUAUCUGCUACAGCACCACCAGAUGAAAAUUCCUUGGUUCUCAGUUACAUGUCUUCUGGAAUCACCACCGAAGGUGCUGGAGAAGUUAUAGAGAACAAUAAUAACGAUCAUGAUACUACUACUACUACUAUUACUGAUAAUAAUAAUAAUAAUGGGAAGAAAGCAUCUACAGCUACUAACUCUUAGAACAAGAAAGAAGAAGAAGAAGAAGAAGAUCGUCAUCUUCAUCCACAUCAUUAUCAUCUUUCCAUGUACUACCACCCUUUUUUAUUUUCUAUUUUUUGAGCUAAUUAAUUAUAUCUUUGUGAAUUGGUAUACCAAGUGAAGAAGAAGAAGAAGUGAAGUGAGUGGGGUUAAUAUAAUGUAAGCGGGGUUAAUUAAUUAUGAAUAGGCUGGGGAGGGGGAGAGAAAAGUAAAAGUAAUAGAGAUGAGUGUUAAUGGUGUUGGUUCUUCAUGUAUAACUCGUUGCAAGUUUGUGAUAUUUGUUAAUUAAAUUUGGUAUAA